UCCAAUGCGAUCAUCGGAAGAACCGCUCUGUACAAACUCCGAGCUGCAGUUUCCAUCUUUCACUAUGCCCUUAAAUUCCCAACGACACGCGGCGAAGGAACACAUUACGGAGAUCAACGAGAAGCUCGAGAACUUAUCACUUUCAUACCGUUCGCCGGAGUCCACUCCACCACUUCGGUCACCGAAGGGAAUUCCUUGCCAUCAGCCACUUCGGGCGAUACACCUUAUGAGGAACCUAGUCGAGAAAUCUCUACUCCUUUAACCUCGGAUCCUCUGGCCGAAGACCAAGGCCGAAGACCCGAAAAAGACCCAAUCCUUGAAGAAGACGAAUUGGACCCAAGAGCUCAGUUCAAAGAAAAAAGAAAAAGUGAUCGAGCUGAACCCGGAGAAGACGUGGAGAUAAUUUAUGUUGACGAGCCGACACGUCAGAAGGAACCCGAUCACCAGACUCCUACUCAGGCCACAGUAGUCGCACAGUUUCGCGACUACCAUGCCGAGAAAUUCUCCGGGCAAGGAGAUCCCCGUAUCGUGGACGUGUGGAUUCAGGGCCUUGAGUUUAUCUUCGAGGUCAUGGAUUGUCCAGACAGAUAUCGCGUAGUAUGCGCUCAGCUUCAGCUAACCGGUGAUGCCCGGCUCUGGUGGAAUGCCUACUGGAGCAUGCGACCCGGUGAAAAGGAGGGUUGUACAUGGGAUAGGCUCAAGGAGCUGAUCCGCGAGAAGUACUACCCCAGCUAUUACAGAGCAGAGAUGGAGCGUCAGUUCUUAUCGCUCCAGCAGGGUACUCGGUCUGUUGACGAGUACGAGGAGUUCACCAGACUUGCAGGUUUUGUUCCGGACCUGGUUCGUACGGAGGCUCAGAGGGCACAUCGCUUCAUUGACGGGCUUUACCCAGCAGUCCGUCACAAUAUCGUAGGCCACGGGACACAGACGUAUGCUCAUGCAGUUGCCAUUGCCCAGGAGGUGGACGCCAGUAUCAGGAGGGAGGCCGUCCGUGAGCAGUCUCAGCCAUCUGCCCCUGCUCAGUCAUCUUCAGCUCCACUGUUGCCACUAGCCCUACCAGUUGCCCAGCCACCGAAGAACAACAAGAGAAAGGGAAAGGGCGCACAGACUGACAGAAGGACUC